GCCGUAGAAAUGUUGACUAUAUGCUUUUCUACGAUGACGUCAAAUUGCUUCUUGCCUAAAUCAAAACCAACAAAUCAGAAAACAAUCAAAUCCGACCACCCUACCAAGCUCACCCUACUUUACUAGUCAUCACAUGCCCUUAUCAAAUAUGUUCACUGAAUAUUCGGACCAAAGGGUACUACUAAACAGUCUCCCGGCGAAGCCACCACCUUCCGCUAUUUGACCAAACUACCCCUGCUCCCUAACCUGAGCUUACCAAACUACCCCUGAAAGGCCAGUCUCUUUUCUCAAUCCCCAACCACCCCUUCUUUGACCUUUUGCCAACAUCUCACCAAACUCCCCCACUCUCUCUGCUUAUAAUAAUAUUCCUUUUUUUUUUAAAACAAAUAUUUUGGAAAAGCAAAACCUCCCUCCCUCCCUCCCUGUAUAAAAACCUCAGCUUUGCCUCCUCUGUUUUUUCUUCUUCUUCAGGGCCGCACAACCCACCAACCCUCCCCUUGGUCUUCUUCCCCUUGCCCUCCGGCGAUCCACAACCACCAAACAGAGCUCUACCUUUUCUUCUCGAUUCAGAAAUGGCGCUUUCCAACCUCUCUUCCAAGUCCCUCUACGCCUCUCCUCACCCGCUUUCUUCCAACAACCAGCUCCAAUCCCACCAACAACCCAAUUUGUCCGUCUGGAAGAGGAAUGCCGGCGGUUCCAGAUCCAAUCUACCGUCCAUCUCCGCCGUUCACGCCGCCGAGCCUGCGAAAAACCCUGUCAAGGGCCCCACUGUCCCAGCCGUCCCGGUCGCUGCGCCCGCCGUCGUCUCUCCUCCUGCUAAGUGGACCGUGGACAGCUGGAAGACCAAGACCGCGUUGCAGCUUCCUGAGUACCCGAAUGAGAGUGAUCUUCAGGAUGUUUUGAAGACCAUUGAGGAUUUCCCUCCCUUGGUCUUCGCCGGUGAAGCCAGGAGUCUAGAGGAGAAAUUGGGAGAUGCGGCCGUUGGCAAGGCUUUCUUGCUUCAGGGUGGAGACUGUGCUGAGAGUUUCAAGGAGUUCAAUGCCAAUAACAUCAGGGAUACUUUCAGGAUCUUGCUGCAGAUGGGGGCUGUUCUCAUGUUUGGUGGUCAAAUGCCCGUUAUUAAGGUGGGGAGAAUGGCUGGUCAAUUUGCAAAGCCAAGGUCAGAUGCAUAUGAGGAAAUAGAUGGGAAGAGGCUGCCAAGCUACAAGGGGGACAAUAUCAAUGGUGAUACUUUUGAUGAGAAGUCAAGGAUUCCGGAUCCACAGAGGAUGAUCAGAGCCUACUGUCAAUCUGCUGCAACACUCAACCUUCUUAGGGCAUUUGCCACUGGUGGGUAUGCUGCAAUGCAAAGGGUUACACAGUGGAAUCUCGAUUUCGCUGAGCGCAGUGAGCAGGGCGAUAGGUACCAAGAAUUGGCUAAUCGGGUGGAUGAGGCAUUAGGAUUCAUGGCUGCUGCUGGACUGACAGUAGAACACCCCAUCAUGACAACUACUGAAUUCUGGACUUCCCAUGAGUGCUUGCUAUUGCCAUAUGAGCAAUCUCUCACAAGGUUGGAUUCCACAUCUGGUCUCUACUAUGAUUGCUCAGCUCACAUGCUGUGGUGUGGAGAGAGAACUCGGCAACUCGAUGGUGCCCACGUGGAGUUCCUUAGAGGAAUCUCCAAUCCUCUCGGGAUCAAGGUGAGCCAGAAAAUGGACCCAGCUGAGUUGGUGAAACUGAUUGAGAUCUUGAACCCUGCCAAUAAGCCAGGGAGGAUAACAAUCAUUUGCAGAAUGGGUGCUGAGAACAUGAGAGUCAAGCUCCCCCACUUGAUCAGAGCCGUGCGGAGGUCUGGAAUAAUUGUGACAUGGGUCUGCGAUCCAAUGCAUGGAAACACCAUCAAGGCGCCAUGUGGGCUGAAAACCCGCCCUUUUGAUAACAUCUUGGCUGAAGUACGUGCAUUCUUUGACGUCCAUGAGCAAGAAGGAAGCCACCCAGGAGGAAUUCACCUCGAGAUGACUGGCCAAAAUGUGACCGAGUGCAUCGGAGGAUCUCGCACGGUCACUUUUGAUGACUUGAGCUCUCGAUACCACACCCACUGCGACCCUAGGCUGAAUGCUUCACAGUCUCUGGAGCUAGCUUUCAUUAUAGCAGAGCGGCUCAGAAAGAGGAGGAUGGGCAACCGUGGUUUUCUGGGAUUGUAGGCGACGCCCCAAAGUGAUCUGUGGUGGGGGUCUCCAUGUAUUAUGUGUCAACAUACGAAGAGCAGUGAUGAACUUGGGCUGGAACUCGGAGAAGCAAAGAGCUGCGUGCCCUUUUAACAACUCAAGCUUAGAUAAGAACUGGUAGUCUUCUGAGUUCAUUACUUAUUGUUUGCUAUUAGGGGAUUACAUUUUCAUUUUUUUGCCUUCGUUGCCAUGUUUCAAUUCUAUUUAUGGAGUGUCUGAAAUGUCUGUAUGGUGUGUGUGCAAAGCAGAAAAGCCGGGCCGUUUUUACGAAUGAUGCCAGCUGAAAGCCUUGUAAAAUUUCUGCAACUUAGUAGUUUCUUUUUGGAAAUUUCCAUGUAUUUGUGAAUGAACAAGUGCGAGACAAUCAUGCAAUAAGGAGUUGCUUUUGAAGCAAUCAGUUUACUCUUAUUUCUACUUUUUGGCUUAGCCUAGAUGACUCUUGUUGGUCUCCAAAAACCUGCAGAAGCAACUAACGGCUACCAACGGCAAGUGUUGACACCUCACAGUAUAUAAGUCAACUCAAAACAUCAAUAAGUUCCUUUCGACACCACCGCGACUUAUUGGUGCGUCUAUAAUGUACACCUAGAUUCAUUUACAUUGCUCAAGAUUUCUAGCAUUAUAUCCACCACAAUUUAUAGGUCCAGACCAUCGUUACAAAUUCUAGUAUGCUUAUAUAAUCAGAGGAAUGAUUAUAACGUUGUAUAUCUGUAAUUCGAUUUCUUGCACAGAAAAAAUAGAUUAAUUGUCCUCUUCAAAGUAACAUUAAUCAGAGGAAUGAUUAUAACGUUGUAUAUCUGUAAUUCGAUUUUUUGCACAGAAAAAAUAGAUUAAUCGUCCUCUUCAAAGUAACAUUCGCUUUGCUAUAUUUUGGAAUAAAAAUAAAUUGAGACAUAUAUUACCAGUAUAUACCAUGGUGGUAAGACUUGAUAGUACAUAAGAUUAUACAAUGAUGGUACACAUAUGUACCAUUGUGGUAUGUAUAUAUUAUAUGAUGGAUGUAUAUAUGAUUGUUGUUGGGGAUAUGGCGCGGUUAAUCGCACACACUAGACGCGCUCUCAGUAGAACCACCCAUCACAAGCUAAGGCAAAGGGUGGAUAUGCGAUGCAAGCGCGGAUUCAAGCCCUUACACGACGACGUUCCACUUUCUGACAUGGUGUCACACUGUCAUGUCAUAGGCAUGAGCUACAAGAGCGUGCGCCAACCGUCUUGUCCAAGGUCACGUCGCAUUUAAUACCCACCCACUGGAUUGUAGCCUAUAAAUGCAACAUUUAAUC